UCGCUUCUCAGAGCGCAUACGCUGCUGACGCUCCUUUUUAUAAUUUAUUUUUUAUUUAUUAUUGUAAUUAAUCGUUUCCGGCGCAAUGGCGUCAGCCGUGAUUAAGUUCAGUGCCAUAUUGAUGCUCAUCGUCGCGUGCGCAGCUGAUGUUUCCGAAUUGCCUAACGCAAACAGCCAGCCUGUAACUGAAGUAUGCCUGGGCUGUCUCUGCCAGGCCGUUUCCGGCUGCAAGCAAGGCCAAGGUUGUGAAGGAGACCACUGCGGUUUGUUCCACAUCACCUGGGCCUAUUGGGCAGAUGCUGGCAAACCGACGGUGCGCGGCCAGAAUCCUGAUCAGCCUGAUGCGUAUCCUACCUGCGCGAACGACCCGUACUGCGCGGCGCAAACUGUCCAAGGCUACAUGCGGAGAUACGGACAGGACUGUAAUAAAGAUGGGCAGGUGAACUGUUACGACUACAUCGCGAUACACAAAUUAGGGGGCUACGGAUGUUCCGGGUCUUUGCCACAGGAGUACGUAAAUGUCUUUAAUCAGUGCAUUACUGCCGUGGCCGCAGCUCAACAGGGAUAGAUUAAAAUUAAAUAACAAAUGUCAUUAUGAAUGAAUAUCACCCAAUUAAAUUAUUAGAAGCGCAGUUGGUAUUAUAAAAAACACAACUGUAGCGACGCGCGCGCCACUUUUGCAGUCACAAUUAGUGAAUUAAAAUUACUGAAGCGCUAUAGCCGCGCCGCUACAGCGUCUAAUUUCAAAGUACCCUUUUAAAAACUGAGUAACAAAAAUGUUAGAUACGGCAGCGGGUGAAUAGGUGGAUUAUACUACAUUAUUGUAAAUUGAAAUUUGGAAUUUUUACUCUAAAAGUACUGGAAGGUACCCUAAUUGUCACAUAAAAUUAUUUACAUGAAAACUGUUAAUAAAGCAAUCACACUCACAUCUUAAUAUUUUAUUUUAAAUGCCUUCAAGAUACAUAAUGUAUUACAUAAUACAUUUUUGAGCAAUACAGUAAGCGCCCAGUUACACGAGGCAAAAGUUUCUGCACGGCCGCCGCGAGGCGACCGCCCAGUUACCACACCUUCAUUUAACGACCGCGCUGCGAUCGCGCGGUUGUAUUAUUCAGAGGAAUUUAAAUGUUGUUGCCUAGUAAAUAGGAUACAGAUUCGCCAUUAAUGUACAUGAAGGCGUGUUAACUUGGCGGCCGCGUGAACACUCUCUCGUUGUGUAAUUGGGCGCUUAUUGUCGCCGACCAAAUGAAGACUUUGCGUAUGAGAAAAUAGUGCUUUUGUUGGAUUUUUAGUUUCAAAAGUAGAAUGCCACGCGGUAUAAUAAAGAUAAGCUUAAUUUGUUGGUAGGUUAAUAAUAGUAAAACAUCUUUAUAAUAAUUAUAAAAUGACAUUACGACGAAAUAUAGUCUUUUAAAUUUAUAAAUAUUUAAAUGUCUGACAAUUUAUUCUAUUUUCAAAGUUUGUAUGGCUCCAUCAUUACUGAAAAUGAUGAUUGUUUUCUCUAUCCAGUUAGAUAUAUAUGUAGAAAUAAAGUGUAGCCAACCUAUAGGGUUAAAACCCUUCGGUAGGUACAAUCGGUCGACUUUCCCGAUCGGUCCACUUUCACUAUUCGUCUGCAUUCCUGAUCGAUCCACUUGUCCAAAUGGUCCACUUUCCGGAUUCGUCUAUUUCCCAUUUCGUCUAUUUCACGAUCGAACCACUUUCACUAUUCGUCUACUUUCCCGAUCGGUCCACUUGUUUUACCCGAUUCGCCCAUUUCCCGUUUCGUCUACUUUCCCGAUCGGUCCACUAUAAGGAUCCAAAUAGUCCACCUUGCAAGUUAAUAAAAUUUUAUGUAAGUCAAUAAAAUUUUACGAGAAAAAAUUCAUUUUACAAAUUU